AUGAAAGGCGCCCUGCUGACGGCAGCCUUGCUGCUGGGCUCUGCCCAAGGUGCUGUCCACAAGAUGAAGCUGCAGAAAGUCCCUCUUUCGGAGCAACUUGAAGCUGUUCCCAUCAACACCCAGCUUGAGCAUCUCGGCCAGAAGUACAUGGGCAUCCGCCCGCGCCAAUCCCACAGCAGCGUUGUGUUUGACGGCAUGAUGGCCGAUGUCAAGGGAAAUCACCCAGUUCCCAUUUCCAACUUCAUGAAUGCCCAAUAUUUCUCCGACAUCACCAUCGGCAACCCCCCCCAAACAUUCAAGGUUGUCCUCGACACUGGUAGCUCGAACCUGUGGGUUCCAUCCGUUCAGUGUGGCUCGAUCGCAUGCUACCUGCAUUCCAAGUACGACUCCUCCGCUUCAUCCAGCUACGAGAAGAACGGGACCUCGUUUGAGAUUCGGUACGGAUCCGGCAGCCUGAGCGGUUUUGUCUCGCAGGAUACAUUGACUAUUGGCGAUAUCACAGUCAAGGGUCAGGAUUUUGCCGAGGCCACCAGUGAACCCGGUCUUGCCUUCGCGUUUGGCCGUUUCGAUGGCAUCCUGGGUCUUGGCUACAACACCAUCUCAGUCAAUGGGAUCGUUCCCCCCUUUUACAAGAUGGUUGAGCAGAAGUUGAUCGACGAGCCUGUCUUUGCCUUCUACCUCGCCGACAGUGACGGAGAGUCUGAGGUGGUUUUUGGGGGUGUGGACAAGGACAAGUACACCGGCAAGAUCACCACCAUCCCACUGCGGCGCAAGGCGUACUGGGAGGUCGACUUUGAUGCCCUCUCCUACGGCGAUGACACGGCCGAGCUUGAGAACACUGGCGUUAUCCUUGACACCGGUACUUCUCUGAUCGCGCUCCCGAGCCAGCUCGCUGAAAUGCUCAACGCUCAAAUUGGCGCCAAGAAGAACUAUGCUGGGCAGUAUGCGAUUGAUUGUGAGAAGCGCGAUUCCCUCAAGGAUGUCACCUUCAACCUGGCCGGUUACAACUUCACUCUCGGCCCCUACGACUACGUCCUCGAAGUCAGUGGUAGCUGCAUUUCCACCUUUAUGGGCAUGGAUUUCCCGGCGCCUACUGGGCCCCUUGCCAUUCUGGGUGAUGCUUUCCUCCGCAGGUACUACUCUAUUUAUGACCUUGGUGCCAACACCGUGGGUCUGGCUGCCGCGAAGUAA